AUGAUCCACCGUCGCGCCCGUGCGCCACACACCGCCGCCAAGCGUGUGCCGCUGCCUUGCCUGCUAACCGCAACGCAACUGAGCCGGCCGUGCCACGCUGCUCUGUGCCAUCGCGCCGCGUCGCCGACGUGUCUCGCCUCUGCUCGCUCGCCCCGCCACACGCCAGCUUGCGCCGCCGCCUUCGGCGCGUUCCGUGCCCGCAUCCUCUCCUCCGCAUCCGCCCGCUGCGCGGCCUUGCCACUGGACGACGAUCGCGCGCCCGCGCCGCCGCUUUGCCGGUUUGUGCCAAGCCGCCGCUCUCGCCAAGCCUAUCGCGCCCUCGCCACCGUGCCGUCGCGUCCCGGGCACGCCACCUCGCCCACACUUGUGCCGCUGCCAACUGCCGAGUGCAACCGUCGGCCGCAUUCCAUGCCGCCGCUAACGACCUCCCCGCCUCCUCCGCGUCCACGCCAGCUGUCACAACCACCUCCCGCACGCACCGGCCGCCACCCUAAAUCCCCUCCCUGGCCGCCACUCGCUCCCUUUCGUCGUUGCCGCUACGCUGCUGCCCUUCUCCGCCUCACCCACGCCCGGCCCUCGCUGUCGCUCGAGCGCCGACGCCCCCGCCUCGGGAUGUCGCCGAUCGCCGCCAUGGAACGCUGCUCUUGUCACCCGUGCGCCAUUGUCAUCGCGCCGCCGGACACCGAUCGCCGCCCGAGCGUCGUCAUCCUCGCGCCCUCACCGCCGUCGUCCGUCGAUGAGCCCGCUCUCCCCCCUUCCUCUAUUUCUUCGUGCCACCGCGACUGUCGCCACCGUCUGUCCCGGCGCCGUCUCCCUCGCCUCACCAUCACCGACGCGACCCCGCCGUUCCCGGGGUACGCCCGCAUACACCGUGUCGUCACCGUCUCCGCCCCGCGCCGUCGGCUGAUGUCCUCCCCUCCGCGCCGCUCGUCGGUGGCCGCCCUCCGUGCGCCGCCGCCCAUUGGUCGCCUCCCACCGUACGCCGCCGUCGCCAUCUAG